CGUCACUGGUGAUCGUUUGAAUUUUGACCGUUUUUUAAAAGUUUGUUGAUAUUGUCGAGUGACCAGUUUCUAAAAGAACCUAAUUUUAUUAUUUGAUACAAAACAGUGUGAAAUCACUUUUUUGGAUGAUGAAGCAAUCUUUUAAUAUGAACAAAUCCUCAAAGAGUUCAAAACUAUCAAAAUCAGUAUUGAAUAUUACUAACACUGACAGAGAGCCAAACGUGGACCCAACGCUCGUGGAAAAUUCUGAUUCGAAUGCCAGUAGCCCCUCAGUUAAAGCAAACAGUGAAGAAAGGGUUAAAAAAAAGGCUCGUCGAAAAGUAAGAUGUACAGAAGAAUUCAAUCAUCUCGAUAGAAGAAGCAUAUUCGCAACGCAAACAAGAGGAAACGGAGAAUCUUUGAAAAAAGUCACAACUAAAAAGCAAAAAAAUUUGGAUUUUCUGCCAAAGAUUCAUUUGGAGACAGACAUUCCUGCAGAAAAAGAAAAUGUUUCACCAAAUACCAAAAAAAGUAUCGAUAGGGAAAAGUCGGGAGCCAGAAAAACUAGUAAGCGGAAAGAUUUGACAAAUAUUGAUUUGCCUUUGAUCGAAAUGGCUGACCUAUCCAAUAAAGAGGAAGGAAAAGUGAAAGAAAACUCGACUCCGGAGGAGAAACGUGACUCUGAGAUAGAAAUUAAAAAGCGGAAGAAGAAAUCAAAAAAAUCAAAGAAGGUCAAAUGUGAAAGCCCCUUGGAAACGGCAGAGGAUCAAAACACCAAAGAAAGACUCUCAUCAAACAUAGGAAAAACACCAGGUGUCCCAGGGCCCAGUACAAGUAAGCGUUCUAUUUUAAAGACAAGAAGCCAGCGAAGACGUGAAAAACGGAGAUCUUCAGAAUGUGUGAGACGCUCAAUUCCCUCCGGGGAUGUUUACGUUGAAGAGACGGUAGACAGGACCUUCGAACUAGGCUCAACAAGUUGUGCGAAAGAAGUCAAUUUGGAGCGAGAAAGGAAGUCUGUCAGAUUCAGGAAUACUUUCGAGGUACAAAACACCACCACGGACAUAUCUGGGCAGAACUUCACAACUUUCAACGAGUCCAAGGAUGGGUCUCUCAAACACUACAGAAAGUCUCCGCACGUUAANUCCAGGAGCAAUCCCAAAGCGCCCCUCCCGAAGAAAGUAGAGCCGUCUCACAUCCCGAAACCCACCAAAAGUAAAAACCCUGUUGAGAGGCAAGGGUUUACGAAACUCGGUUUCAAAGUCGGGGCGGAAGCAGCGAAGAAAACCACUAAGGAAGAGCAGCUCAAAGCUGUCGUGAACAAAACGAAGGUGCAGACUAAUACUGUGGAGACUAGGAGAAACGUUAUACAGAACGUGAGGUCCAACAGGAGGUUCGAGUUGCUGAUGAAAAUGAGAAACAAGUAA